UCCACGUGGACAGAGAGGGAAAGUAAGGGGCAAGGCAGAAGAGCAGGUGACAGCGACCCAGGGCAGCACCAGUCAUAUGGGGCAGCUAAGAAUUCAAACUUCACAAUUUCAUUGGCCGCUGCCACGACCAUGCUGAGCCUGCUGCUGAGCCUGCUGCUGAGCCUGCUGCUCGCAGGCUGCCCUCUCCCCUCCGAUGCUGCCACAUGCCCCCCGCAAUGCACCUGCCCAAUCCGGGGCUCCGUGCACUGCAAUGGCCUGGGCCUCAGCCUGCUGCCCACGGGGCUGCCCUCCUUCACCACGGACCUGCAGCUGAUGGCCAACCGUAUCUCCUCGCUGCCCUCCGGCGCCCUCGCGCAGCUGCCGCAGCUGACCUCGCUGGCGCUCUCGAAGAACGCGAUGGAGUCCCUGCCGCCCGAUGUCUUCCACCGGUGCCCGCGUCUCGCCCGCUUGUCCCUCUCGAACAACCGGCUUGCCCGGCUGCCGCCGGAGCUCCUGGAGCGAACGCCCGAGCUGUUGGAGCUCUUCCUCUACGGGAACGCUCUGAGAGGUGUCCCGCGAGGCAUCUUCGACGAGCAGAGGCGGCUGCAGCAGCUGUGGAUCAACGACAACCGCAUCGAGGACCUGCAAGAGGGCGUCUUCUCGCGCCUCGCUCAGCUCCGCAACCUCAGCCUGGAGAGAAACCAGCUGAGCGACCUCCCGGGGGGCAUAUUCGUCGGCCUCGGUAACCUGACCGGCCUCUGGCUGUCUCGGAACCGUCUGACCUCCCUACCGGAGACGGUGUUCCACCCGCUGAGGUCCCUGCAGGAGCUCAUGCUGUUCGGGAACUCGCUGCGGUCCCUGCCGCCGGACCUCUUCGACGGUCUGGAGUCGCUCACGAAGCUGGGUCUGUCGCGGAAUGCACUCACGACUCUGCCCGCGGGCGUCUUCCGCAGCCUGCGGGAGCUCAACGACCUGUCGCUCUUCUCCAACCAAAUCUCCGUGCUCCCCGCUGGCGUCUUCGACCCGCUCGUCAAGGUGCGGGAGCUUUGGCUGUACAGCAACAACCUCACUUCGUUGCCGGGCGGCCUCUUCUCCCGCAUGCAGAGCCUCGAGCUGCUCAUCCUGAGCAAGAACCACCUACGUGACCUGCACCCGGACACCUUCCAGAACCUGACCAGCCUGACGGAGCUCUCGCUGCACACCAACCUGCUGCGGACGCUGCCACCCGGCCUCUUCCGUGACCUCUCCUCGCUGCAGUCGCUGUCGCUGCACUCGAACCGGUUGUCAUUCCUCGCCGGCAGCCCCUUCCGGGGCCUGUCUGCCCUGCUCAACCUGCAGCUGCACUCCAAUAACAUCUCGUCGCUCGACGAGCCGCUGGCUUUCGAGGACCUGCGUGCCGUUGCCAACCUCACGCUGCACGACAAUCCGUGGCGAUGUGACUGUGCCGCCCGGCCGCUCGGCGCGUGGCUAGCCGGUCGCUCCAUCUCCCUGGGCAACACGGAGCCGCGGUGCGACAGCCCCUUGUUACUGGAAACGGUGGAGCUGGUGAACAUGGACGCGUGGCUCGACCCCCUGUGCUCCACCUCGCCCGCUCCUUCCACGAUAACGACCACGGCAAGAAGCACGCGCGAGGCUUUCACGGUGGAAGGAGUCACCUCGGGCCGUCGGCCCGGUGGUACUUCGCCGGACACUCCGUCUCCUCCAGUCGUCAACUCCUCUGCAGGGCCGACAACAGAGGGGCAUUUUCCGACCUCGACCACGAAGCAUUCAACGCGCUCCGCCACACCGCCUGCUCCGUGCGGGGCGCGAUGCGAGUCGUGCGCCACGGAGGCCGUGUCGGAUCUGGUGCCCGGCGUUGACCGUGGCGGCGUGGGCUGGCACCGGGCCGGGUUCGUCGUGCUCGUGAGCAUAGUGGUCGUGCUGCUCCUGCUGCUCUCGUUCCUGCUGCUCGUGCGGUGCUGUCAGCCGAAGGCGCCCAAUGUGAGGCUAAUCAGAUAUCACACCAGGCCCAUGUUUUAAUUGGCGAUUGGAAGCAUCGUUUGACCGGGCUGCGUCUGAUCGAGAUGGACACGGGACUUCUCCGCGCCGGAGGCAUGGACUGCUGCGAGUGACCGUAGAGGUUUAAGGGCUCAUACUCUUUGGUUCUAUUCGGUAAAGUCACGUAGGUAAAAAAAUAAAACAACAAAAAAUCACGACGU